CCAUCAAAGGAAAGGAAAGGAAAGGAAACCAAGGCGUAGCGAGCGAAUCCCCCUCACCUCGCCGCUUAUCCCCACCCCCAUCCCUCCCUUCCUUCCUCCCCACCCCAACGCCGGCCACCGCCACCGCCACCCAACCCCGGCCGCCUCGCCGCGCCACCACCAAUGCACCCGGACCCGUAGUUGCACCACUCCCCAUGGACGCGCCACCGCACCUCCUCCUGCUCCUCCUCGUAGCUGCAACGGCCGCGGCCGUCGUCGGCGGGUCGAUCCACCCGGGCGACCUGGCCGUGCUCGAGGACCUGCGGGGCACGCUGACAAACCCGGAGGUGCUCGCCUGGCCAAAGGGCGCCGAGCCGUGCGGCGGCGGGUGGGCGCACGUCUCCUGCGACCGCGACGGCCGGGUCAACAACCUCGACCUCAAGAGCGUCGGCCUCGCCGGCGCCCUCCCGGCCACCUUCGCCUCCCUCGACGCGCUCGAGGACCUCAGCCUCCAGACCAACAACCUCUCCGGCCCGCUCCCCUCCUUCCGCGGCAUGGCCGCCCUCCGCCACGCAUACCUCAACGACAACGCCUUCGACGCCCUCCCCGCCGACUUCUUCGACGGCCUCGACAGCCUCGAGGAGAUCUGCCUCGACAACAACCCGCUCAACAGGACGUCCGGCGGCUGGGAGGUGCCGCCCACGCUCGCGUCCUCCUCGCCGCAGCUCAUGAGCCUGCGCCUCGUCAACUGCAGCCUUGUCGGCGGGAUCCCGGGGUUCCUCGGCGGCAUGAGCGGGCUGCAGAUGCUCUCCCUCUCCUACAACUCGCUCUCCGGCCCCAUCCCCGAAAGCUUCGCGGGGUCCGGCCUCCAGAAGCUCUGGCUCAACAACCAGCUCGGCGAGACCAAGCUCUCCGGCACGCUCGACGUGCUCGCCGGGAUGACCCACCUCCAGCAGGCCUGGCUGCACGGCAACCAGUUCACCGGCCCCAUCCCCGACGGCAUCUCCAACUGCAAGCAGCUCGCCUACCUCUAUCUCAACAACAACAACCUCGUCGGCCUCGUGCCGCCCGGCCUCGCCGCCCUGCCGCUGCUCCACGACGUCAAGCUCGACAACAACAACCUCGUCGGCCCCGCCCCGGCGCUCAAGGCCGGCGGCAACAUCACCAUCUCCCACAAUGGCUUCUGCGCCGACAAGCCCGGGGACAAGUGCGCGCCGGAGGUCAUGGCAUUGCUCCACUUCAUCGCCGACGCUGGUUACCCGCACAAGCUCACCGAUUCAUGGUCCGGGAACGACCCCUGCAAGGGCUGGCUCGGCGUCACCUGCACUCAGGGCAAGGUGUCGGUGCUCAACCUGCCUUCCUCUGGCCUCAAUGGCACCAUCAGCAAGAGCCUCGGAGACCUGUCUGCGCUCUCGGACAUCAGGCUCGACAGCAAUCACCUCACUGGCCAUGUCCCGGACAGCCUCACCGGCCUCAAGCUGCUAAAGAAGCUCGAUCUGGGCAUGAACGACCUGAAUGGGCCGCUGCCGGCAUUCAGGCCGGACGUCAAUGUCAUUCUCACCGGCAAUCCCAACUUCAACACGCAGUCGUCGCCCGGUGGUUCUGCUCCCAAGGACAAGGACGCCCCUCGGUCACCGACGCCAAGCGCGCUCGGCUCACAAGGCCAAGGGGCUGCCACUCCCGACAAAGGGAACAAGAAGAGCAAAGUUGUGUUGCUGGCUACCACAAUUCCGGUUGCGAUCGGGGUGGUGUCUCUGCUGUCACUGGGUGCUGUGGUGCUCUUCUGCAAGAAAAAUGGGUCGUCGGUGCAGCCGCAGGCGACCUCGUCCGUGGUCGUCCACCCCCGCAACAGCCCUGACCCAGAAAACAUGGUCAAGGUUGUCAUGACGAGCAAUGACAGCUUCGGCGCUACGUCGAGCGGAACCAGCAGCCGGGACAGUGACAUUCACAUGACCGAGGCACGCAGUUUUAUGGUCUCCCUGCAGGUUCUUCGUUGUGCCACCAAGAACUUUGCUCAGGACAAUGUGCUUGGCCGUGGCGGGUUCGGCGUCGUUUACAAAGGGGUGCUCUACGAUGGCACCAUGAUUGCUGUGAAGAGGAUGGAGUCUUCGGUGAUCAGCAACAAGGCCCUCGACGAGUUCCAAGCAGAGAUUGCAAUUCUAACCAAGGUCCGGCACCGCAACCUGGUGUCAAUAAUGGGCUACGCAAGCGAAGGGAAUGAAAGGCUGCUGGUCUACGAGCACAUGUCCAAUGGAGCGCUGAGCAAGCAUCUGUUCCAUUGGAAGCAGUAUGAGCUGGAGCCCCUCUCAUGGAAGAAGAGGCUCAACAUCGCCCUCGACGUUGCUCGUGGAAUGGAAUAUCUUCACACCCUCGCACAGCAGUGCUACAUUCACAGGGAUCUUAAGUCAGCAAACAUUCUACUCGGCGAUGAUUUCCGAGCAAAGGUCUCAGAUUUCGGGCUCCUUAAAUCUGCACCGGACGGCAACUUCUCCGUGGCAACCAGACUGGCUGGAACUUUUGGAUACUUGGCACCUGAAUAUGCCGUGACCGGAAAAAUCACAACAAAAGCAGAUGUCUUCAGCUUCGGGGUGGUGCUGAUGGAGCUGAUAACCGGAAUGACGGCCAUCGACGAGAGACGCAUCGACGAGGAAACCCGGUAUCUGGCCUCGUGGUUCUGUCAGAUAAGGAAGGACGAAGAGAAGUUCAGGGCAGCCAUCGACCCGACCCUGGAGCUCACCGACGAGAUCUUCGAGAGCAUCUCGGUGAUCGCGGAGCUCGCCGGCCACUGCACCUCCCGGGAGCCCUCCCAGCGGCCGGACAUGGGGCACGCCGUGACGGUGCUGGUGCCCAUGGUGGAGAAGUGGAAGCCGUCCAACAACGAGGCCGAGGACUACAUGGGCAUCGACCUGCACCUGCCACUGCUCCAGAUGGUGAAGGGAUGGCAGGAGUCAGAGGCGAGCAUGACCGACGGGAGCAUCAUGAGCCUGAGCCUCGAAGACAGCAAGGGCAGCAUCCCUGCCCGGCCCGCCGGGUUCGCCGAGUCCUUCACCUCCGCCGACGGCCGGUGAAGAACCACCAUCCCCAUCGUCACCGCCACCAUGUCUACAAGAAAUAAGUACAUUGUCUCUCCCGGACCUCAUCAUCCCCUGUUUCCGCACAGCGUUUCUUCUGUAGGUAAAGAGUAAAGGAGCGCGCCGUUCGUCGUCGUCGUCCAUGCGCUUGUGCUUCUGCCGUCGCCGCUGUAGAUAGACAUCGUGUCUUGUUUUUUUGUUCUCUUUUUUGUUCAACUGGGCACCGUAGGACGGAUCGAUUGGUUGCCCUUUCUUCCAAUUAUUCCAGUCUUGAGACUGAAGCUUCUGGCUUUUACCUAGCAAUCAAAUCAAAUCAUAUAAUGCUUCUUUGA